AUGAAGAUAUUUUUCGUAUUUUUAGCAAUUUUCUUAGCCUCAGCUAAUACUCAAAAGUUUUUAGCAGUAGAUUUUGAAAGAAAUAUUAAGGAAGAAGAGUUUAGCAUCUCUCAAGAUUAGAAUAUUAUAAAAUUCCAUAAAUAAACGAAUGCAGUUGGCUUUGUAUUCUAAAAUGGAUAAUAAGAAGAUAUUAUAAAGAAUGCAGUUUUUAUUUCAAAUAUACCUCAUGAACGCUUUUCUGUAGUGAGAUGUGGCUCACUUAACAAAGCUUAAUAAAGACCUGAUUUAAUAUUUAGUGAUAAGUUUGAAGAAUAUUUCAAGAAAAGAAAUUUCACUCUUACAUUAAACGAAAAUGGGGAUGAAUGCUUUGGAUUUAAUGUUCUUUAUUAAAAAAAUUACACAUAAUUAAUUAAUAUUAGUUAGGUUUAAAAGGAAUUAAACGCAUUUAUUAGUUCUUCAUUUUCUGAAGUUGAAAAUAAUUUAUUCUUGCUAUCUUUCGAUUAAAUUUUUGAGAUUGAAGUCAAUUACAAUCAAAAAAACUAAACCCGCUACGUGAAGAUAUCCUCAAAAACUCAAAGAUCUGUUUUAGAAAUACAUUCAAAAAUUCCAGUUUAAUUAGGUUCAACUUUAGAAAUAUUUAAGGGCUAAGUAAAAUAGAUAAGUUAAUUUGUUAGUGAUAGAUCUUUCUACAAUGCAUUCUUUAACAGAGAAGCUGAAGGUACUGGGUUACAUCAAAAAUCUUAAAUAUAAUUUAAGUAUGAAUCUUCUAAAUAAAACUUAAAGAAGGAAGGUAAAGAAUGUGAACUAGCUAUAGUAGAUUAUCUCGAUACCACUCAAUAUGUUGACUUUGAUGAACUCUAUCUUCAUGAUAAUCUUAAUUUAACAAACUAUAGAGUCCAUGAUAUUGAAAGACCUAGUAGUUUAAGCCCUUAGCACGUAUACAUUCUAAAAUACAGAUUUAAAGAUUCUGAUAUUACAUAUGAUGUUAGCAAAAAUAAAUAUAUUAUGUAAAUGGAUGAGUCAUUUUUAUUCCACUACAGGUAUAGAACUCCAUUUGAGGGAAAGUAUAAAUAGUCAUAUAUGAAUAUAUAUCCUUACUUCUUACUAAAUUGUAUUGAGUAGCCCAAAAAAAGCAAUGCUAGCAUUAAGACUUCAUUAAUUGAGAGAAUGGUUAACACCGCCUUCAAUACAACAAAUUUUAGAUAAAUUGAUGUUCAGCAAGCUGAUUAAAAAGUUAAAAUAUUAGAAAGACAAGUUCCAGUUGGAAACAUAGCAGAUAAAGAGUACACACUAUACAUUACUAUAUUUUUAACUGUAAGCGUUUGCAUUUUCUUUGCUUACAUAAUACUGAGAGUAUCUUCAAAGUAUAAUUUAUGA